AUGGACAACCGUAUUCGGGCUAUUCGCGAAGGCUUACUUCGGGAGAAUCUUGCGAAUCAGACGACCAUUAUGUCCUACAGCGCCAAAUUCGCUUCAAGCAUGUAUGGACCUUUCCGUGAGGCCGUGGCAUCGGCGCCCUCCUUUGGUGAUCGUCGCUGCUAUCAAUUGCCGCCCGGUGCACGUGGAUUGGCACGAAGGGCUAUCGUGCGAGAUGUGCAAGAAGGAGCUGAUAUUGUGAUGGUCAAACCUGCUAUGCCGUACCUGGACAUGCUAUCAGAUGCUCGCGAACUUGCACCUGACCAUCCUCUCGCUUGUUACCAAGUUAGCGGAGAGUACGCGAUGUUGCAUGCGGCUGCGAACGCCAAGGUUGGUGAUCUUCGAGCGAUUGUAGAGGAAAGCAUGACCUCGAUGCUUCGUGCAGGUGCAUCGUUGAUUUUGACGUAUUUUACUCCUGAACUUCUCCAGUGGAUCGAUGAACCUAGAUCAUAA